AUGCUUAGGGUUUUCCGCUGGAGCCAUGAUUUCCGUCUCCGCAAUGGUGAUCCAAUGCAUGCGCCUAUUUGGGUCUCGCGACCCCAUCUGCCUAUUGUCUUCUUCUUUGAGUUUCGCCUCUUUUCUAUCGUCUCUUUUUUCGGAAUUGGCCUGACCGGUCCUACGAAGCUUGUCUCACGCCCCAACGCAGCUAGGAUAAUAGAUGUCCUUCGCUUCAUCUGCACGGUGUAA